AUGCUGCCCAGGAGGAGGGAUCGUGUGGACGAUGUUCUUGAGCGUGACAACCUGCGACAUCUGGAACAGAGGAUGGAGCAGAUGGAUCAAAGGAUGGAUAGUAUGAUGGAGCAGCUAACACAGCAAAUGGCUGCACUUAUGGAGAACCAGAAUCGGGAAAACCCUAACUCGAACCCUAACCCUAAUCCUGAGCAAGAGGAAUCUGGCGAGGAGUCAGAGGGAGAGAUUUAUUUUGUCGAGUAUGAUUCCUAUUCUGAAGGGGACGUGAAUAUAUUUAUUGAAGAGGGUCCGUCUGACAACGCAUUUUUUUUAACGGGAGGCGAUGGAGAGCCGGAGUUCAACGAGGAUGAUGAGGAAGAUGACAAGGGUUAUGAUGAGAACUGGAAAUUCGAUGAAUUUGAGGGGAAUGAUAUGGGUGUCUUUGCUUUUGCGAAGUAUGAUGAGGACGAUAAGGAGGUUGAUGCGGUCUGGGAGGCCAUCGACAAGAAAAUGGACUCGCAAAGAAAAGAUAGGAAGGAAGCGAGGCUGAAGUAG